CGUCUCACAGCCGAAAGAAUCAGCAGCUGGCUGAGUUGUGAUUAUUAGACCAUGAUCUCCUUAAUAAGAUAUUUGGGCUGUGACGAGGGCUUUUCUGAAUAGCUGUUCAACGCUCGUGGCUUGCGCCGAAACCUUCACCCCAAGUACCCUACGAUAUGUUCCUCUCUCGAAGAUCUAUAGCAGGAAGCUUGCAGCUUCUGCACAGCACGAGAGUUACGCCAUUCCAAUACCAAAGACCGAUAGACAAGCGACCUCACUCGUCUCUGACGGCCAGUGGAAGUCCCCGAAAAGAAGUCGCCCUUGCGACGCACGAUCAAGACCAAAGCUCCAUUCAAUAUGCCCUGACCACCCUGGACCAGGUAGCCAACUGGGCUCUUCAGGGCUCCUUGUGGCCCAUGACCUUCGGCCUGGCGUGCUGUGCCGUGGAAAUGAUGCAUGCGGCCGGUCCUCGCUACGAUAUAGAACGCCUGGGAAUGCUAUUUAGGGCCUCCCCUCGACAGGCGGAUCUUCUGAUCGUCGCCGGCACGCUGACGAACAAGAUGGCGCCAGCGUUCCGACAGGUAUACGAUCAAAUGCCCGAACCACGAUUUGUGAUCAGUAUGGGAAGCUGCGCGAAUGGGGGUGGGUAUUAUCACUAUAGUUACUCCGUGGUCCGAGGCUGCGAUCGGAUUGUUCCAGUGGAUGUAUAUGUACCAGGAUGUCCGCCAACGGCCGAAGCGUUGCUGUAUGGGAUUUCCCUGGUGCAAAAGAAAAUUCGGCAUAGAAAAUUGACUCGGAUGUGGUAUAGGCGCUGAGUCGCGUUAGGUCCUUGUUUUGAAGAUGUGUAGUUGGUUUUAGAAUGACAGAUUGUUCCUAAAGUAAAGAAAAACUUAGUCAUCACAGGACCAGGUUUGACUUCUUGCGGGGGAGCGAAUUCUUUUCGUCACCAAUUCUCCUCUUGCAAAUCAUCACCAUACCAAUCCAAACCUCAUUAAUAAGUAGGUCUCGUAAAGCAUAGUGUCCUCAUGGGUGGCCAGAAGAGGGAACAGAAGAAAAAGUCGCACCACGGUUGUCUGCGAUGCAA